AUGUCGUCAAGCCACGCCAACCUCGAUGCGGCUUCCAAUGACCGCAAAGCCCGCCUUGCCAAACUGGCAUCGCUCAAGCGCAAGCAACCCGAACCCGACACAAUGGAAGUCGACAACGAAGAUGAGGAGUUGGCCGAUGCCGACGCAACACCAGAUGUCACCGCCAAAUACUUGUCAGGCCGCAAUUACGAUAUCGAAGCCCGCGGGCCCAAAUUGGGCUUCGAGCAAGGUCCGCAAGAGGGCCAGGCGACGCUAGAAGCACAAGCUGCAGAUAUCGCACGAGACAUUGCAGAAAAAACCAAGCGGGACGCAAAUGACGAACCCAUUGAUCUGUUCAAACUACAGCCGAAGAAACCCAACUGGGACUUGAAGCGCGCUCUGGACGAAAAAGUUAAGGUUCUCGAUGUACGGACAGAUAAUGCCAUUGCUCGGAUAGUACGACAGCGGUGGGAGGAUGCCCGCCGGGCUGCGAAGGCGCGCGGGGAUGCGCCCACUAGAGACGACCAGGGAGAGGAAAUGGGUAUUGAGGGCGAGACGCUUGUCCAGGGCAUCCAUAUGCGCGAACAAGAGGAAGAAAGGAGCGACGAAGAAACGAUUUGA